ACUGUAAAAGAUGGGCUCUGAGAAACGGUUUGCUGCUGCAAGUCUACCUGACGAUCUACUGGUGGAAAUUCUCUGCCGGGUGCCGUUCAAGUCUUUUUGUCGCUUCAAAUGUGUCUGCAAGGCCUGGCUUGCCUUCUCCUCUGAUCCACACUACCGCCGGAAGCUGCCGAAAACUCCCACAGGCUAUACACCAAGGUGGAUACAUGACUGGUAUUCAGCUUGUUAGCCUGUCCCCAAACAAUGAGGAAAUCAAUGGUGCUCUUACAUACUUGCCGGGCUACAAGCAUUUAGAAAUUGUGGACUGUUGCAAUGGCCUAGUCCUUUGUAAGAGCGGGAGAUAUCUUCCUGUUCCCGAAUAUACUUGCCGCUUCAUUGUGUGCAACCCGGCAACACGAGAGUGGAGAUAUCUUCCUGUUCCUGAAUCUCAACGUCACCCGUGUGGCGCAAAUGCUGGCUGCUAUACAACUAUAUUGGCCUUUGAUCCAUCAUGGUCAGCACAGUCAUUCUAUGUCUUUAACUUUCGGGAGAAUUUCAAAAAUAUUUUUGUAUAUGGUAUCAGCAGACUUGAGGUGUUCUCAUCUGACCUAUCUACGUGGCUUGUGGACGAUGCAUGGAGUUGGGAUCGGGAGAUAGUGGUCAGUAAACCACACAAUUUCAUAGGUGGAGCGUUGCAUGUGCAGACCAGAAGUGGUGAGAUUCUUGUGGUCGAUGGUUUGAACAGAAUGAGUUCUGGUAUACCACCCAAUAAACUUACUAUCAAGUUACCGCAUGACCAUUGCCGUCUCUUGGAUGGUUGCUUUGGCCAAUCAUCGAGGUCCUUGUUGUGUGCAUGGCCGGAGGAAUGUGGACGCACGGUUGCAGUGUUCAGUCUUGAUGCUAACCUUCCUUGCAAGUGGUCCCUGAAGCAUCGUCUUACUAUGCCUGAUGCAUUUGGAAGGGACAACAUUAUUGGAUUCUGUGAUGAUGGGUUUCAGAUCUUGCAGUGCAGUUAUCGCAUUUUUGCUCUCGACUCUGAAAGAGAGGUGCUUUUUUCAUACAACAUCAACACCAUGAAAAGGAAUGUCCAGAUUGCCGGCUUAGCAGCGAUAUACUGGACGAUAUGGAAGCUUCGCAAUAGAGCUUGCUUUGAUAUGAAAUUGAUCAAAUCCCCUGGUCUCCAUAAUGAUGCUGAUGAAAGUAAUAUCAAAGCUGGGACUGAAAAGCUGCUUCAGCUGGCGACCGCGACGACUACUUCUUCUUCAGCUGCUGGAAGGAGGACUGGGCGAAGAACCCUAACAAUCACCGCCGCUACGACAACUAAUCCUGAGGAGAAUGAGAUGGAGACAAAUGAUGCUGGAAAUUGA